AUGGCCUCCGAAGUCAACAUACGGGACCGCUGGUCCCCCAGGCGCUCCCGCGUCCCCCGCAAGUCCUUCGAGAUCCCCGAGCGCCUCCGCCAUGGUGAGGACGAGGACGAGGACGUCACCGCGCCCAAGACCAACGACCCUCGAUUCACCCACCGUUCCGUCUUCGACCUGAUAACCCACGCCGGCUCUGUCGCCAACCUGCGCACCCGCUUCACCCACGACGAGCUCAGCGAAAGCGAAGAGGAAGGCGACCAUGCUGCCGUGACCCAGUCCCUCGGGCCCUCAGCCAUCGCCGCCGCUGCCGCUGCCCAGAGCUCGAAGCAGCCAGGAGAGAAACCCGCAAAGCAUCGUCGCAGCCUUUCCAACCACAGGAUAGUCCGCACCCUCCAGAAGCUCCACGUCAAGUCCUCCAAGGAGCGCGCCGACGCUCCGUCCGACGACACCAUGUCCUCCUCGCAGAUCCUCGCGCCCAAGCCCGCACACACGGAACAAGAAGGGACGGACCAGGCCGAAGGCCACUCCGUGCGAGGGCAGCUGAAGGCCAAGGCUGAAAUGGAGGCUUCCGCCUUCGGGUCGGACCUCCGUGCAGCCCACGAUGCUUUCGGCGUCGGCCAUCCCCCGAUCAAAGAUCAGGAUGACCUCUCGCAGAGACUUAUGGAGAUUUUCGGUUUCGAGGAGGAAGAAAAGGUUGUAUCCGAAUACCCCUGCUGGUUGCUGCAGACCGUCCUCCUCCAGGGCUAUCUGUACAUCACUCAGAAACACAUUUGCUUCUACGCCUACCUGCCCAAGAAGACGAAGGAAAUCACCAAGUCGGGUUAUUUGUCCAAGCGGGGCCGUACCAUGUGGAACCGAUCGUGGUUCAUCCUCAAAGGCGACGUUUUGGCGUACUACAACGACCCAACCGACCUCUACUUUCCCCGCGGCCGAAUCAACCUGCGCUACGCCAUUUCCGCAGUUCUGGCGGAACCAAAGGACAAGACCCGCGAGCCUACGGAUCUUUCCAUCACCACCAACCAAAAGACCUACGUGUUGCGGGCGGAGAGCGCCGCCAGCGCCAAGGAAUGGGUCAAAUUGCUGCAGAAAGUCAUCUUCAAGUCCCACAACGACGGGGACAGCGUCAAGAUUUCCAUUCCGCUCGCCAAUGUCAUGGAGAUCGAGGACAACCCCGUGCUAGACUAUGCCGAGACUAUCAAGGUCGGCGUCGUCGAUAAUGAUGAUUCGUACGCGGUCGACGAGUACUUCUUUUCAUUUUUCGGGUUCGGAGAAGAAGCGAUGAACCUCAUGAAGGUCAUGUGGGAUGGCUGCAGGCGGCCCGAGACCGAGCGCCCAACGACGCCUGCGGGCGACCGACGCCUCAAGACACCCGCGAGUCCCCCGUCUCGUAAAUCCGGCAGCCCGGUGCGAUCGACUAUCUUUCAGCCCGCUCCCGGGACGCUGUCACCGACUUCGCCGUCUUUCCGCCGACGGUCAGGCGAGUCCGCGAGAUCCAGUUUCGACCGUAGACGCAGUGCCGAUCGUGGACGCUCCAGCUUCGACCGGGGACGACGGAGUCUCAGCAGAGGGCAGGAACAGCCGCAAAGCGAGAGGUCGGCCAUGUCCCCGGUUUCCUUGAGGAUACGAGAUUCUUCCGAGUCGGCCUGCCUUUCGAUGGAGCCUGACACGUCGUCGUCCGCCGCCAUUCAGUCGAUCAACGAGACGGAUGCAUCCGCCAGCCAGAUCUUGAGCCGCAGCGACGUCUUCCACAGACCGGCGGUGGAACUCACUGAAUCGGAAGUCAAUCCGAGAGCCUCCCAGGACACCGCUCGCUCGACGAAGAAACAUCCUUACCCCAGGACAGAGCAGACCAUCAGCACCCGGUCGCGAACACCGGUUCAAAGUUCGAGAGAGAUUGGAAACGAUAGCGAGUUUCAGGAUGACAGACUGCAGGCUUCGGCGUCCGGUUACUAUUCUGGACUCGUCAACGCUGGCGCGAAGCCGUUCACGAAGGCCUCCGGAUUGGUUGGCUCUCUUCGGCGGGGAACGCUGGCCCUCGGCAGCAGGCUGACAACAGAUACCAUGAGCGUCUACGACAAGGUCUCAGGCAUGUGGGCUGGAGGACGGAAGCACUACGGGGAGGACGGCCAGAUUUUCGACGAGGAGGCGCGUGACGUCGUCGACGAUUCGGACGCCGUCUCCCACAACGAGCGCUUCCGCCAGCACUUCGCCCUGCCCGACAACGAGAACUUGCGAGCAACGUUCUUUUGUAACUUGUGGAGAGUGCUUCCGCAGUAUGGAAAAAUCUACAUGAGCGACAGGUACUUCUGUUUCAGGAGCCUCCUGCCUGGUACUCGGACCAAGCUAGUACUGCCCCUCCGCGACAUCGAGAAUGUGAUGAAGGAAAAAAGCUUCCGGCUGACCCACCAAGCCCUCGUUGUCGUCGUCCGUGGCCAUGAAGAGCUGUUCUUCGACUUUUCGCGAGCCGACGUCAGGGAUGACUGUGCAGUCACCAUUCACCAAAAGCUUGAGCAGGUUCGCUACCUGCAUUCCUCGGGCCUCCUCAGCGAAGAGAACCUGCUGCAGGCCGAGGAGGCAAAGGCGGAGAAUGAUCUGCUCCAGCACGCUCGGGACCCAGAGAAGCUGCCGGGACUGCCGGCGCGCAUCGACGAGCUCGAGCAGUCCGGAGCCGCCGUCAUAUUCGAUGACCCUCAAGCCUCCUUGGUAGACUUCACGCCGCGCGAGCCCAUGAGGAUCACCUGCUUGACGAUCGGCUCCCGCGGGGACGUCCAACCCUACAUCGCGUUGUGUAAACGGCUGAUGAUGGAAGGGCACAAGACGAAGAUUGCGUCUCACGAGGAGUUUGGUGAUUGGGUUCGCAGUCACGGCAUCGAAUUCGAGUCCGUGGCGGGUAACCCGGCCGAGCUCAUGCAGCUUUGCGUCGAGUCCGGCAUGUUCACCGCCACCUUUCUGGCGAAGGCGCACUUCACCUUCCGCGGCUGGCUGAGCGCGCUCCUGGAGACCGCUUGGAAGGCUUGUCAGGAUUCCGACGUUUUGAUCGAGAGCCCCAGCACCAUGGCCGGCAUCCACAUCGCCGAAGCGCUGGAGAUCCCCUACUUCCGCGCCUUCACCAUGCCCUGGACCCGGACGCGCGCCUACCCGCACGCUUUCGCCGUGCAGGAGAAAAAGAUGGGCGGCACGUACAAUUUCCUCAGCUACGUGCUGUUCGAAGAAGUCUUUUGGAAGGCGACCGCGAGCCAGGUAAACACGUGGAGGAAGAAGACGCUCAACCUCGCGCCGACGAGCUUGAAGAAGCUGCAGAUCAACAAGAUCCCCUUCAUGUACAACUUCAGCCCCUCGGUCGUCGCACCGCCUCUCGACUUUAGCGACUGGGUUCGCGUCACCGGUUAUUGGUUCCUAGACGAGUCCCAAAACUACAAGCCGCCAAAGGAUCUCCUCGACUUCAUCGACCGGGCUCGCUGCGACGGGAAGAAGCUCGUGUACAUCGGCUUCGGCUCGAUCGUCGUUGAAGACCCCAAAGCGAUGGAAAAGUCCAUCAUCGAAGCUGUGCUGAAGGCGGACGUCCGUUGCAUCCUGUCCAAGGGUUGGUCUGACCGGUUGGGCAAGGAUGAGAAACCCAAGGUGGAGGUGCCUCUUCCCCCAGAGGUCCACCAGAUCAAUUCCGCUCCGCACGACUGGCUCUUCAAGCAGAUCGACGCAGCCGCGCACCACGGAGGUGCCGGCACCACCGGCGCCUCUCUCCGCGCCGGCAUCCCGACAAUCAUCAAGCCCUUCUUUGGGGAUCAGUACUUCUUCGCAUCUCGAGUCGAGGAUCUCGGCGUCGGAGUCCACAUCAAGAAGCUGAACGUCAGCGCUCUCUCCCGUGCGCUGUGGACCGCCACGCACGACGACCGCAUGAUCACGAGGGCGCGUUUGAUCGGCGAGAGAAUCCGCCAGGAGGAUGGCGUCGGCGAAGCAGUUAAGACCAUCUAUCGUGACCUCGAGUACGCGAGGUCUCUCAUCAAAUGGCGCAACCGGCCGCUCACCGAAGACGACUUGGGCGACGACGCGGAAGAGGAGUGGACCUUUGUCGACGACGAUAGCGAUCCCGAAAUGCGGCGCAACACGGAGCAAGGUCAAGCGGUUGCGCAGAUUCAAGCUCAGCUCAAACAGUUGCGCGAAGAAAAGUUUGAGCAAGAAGGCAUGGGUGCAUGA